AUGGCAGUAUCUGCAGGGGCUGCGGCCUUCCAUGUGCAGAGGAGCAAGUCCAGUCCCGGAGUCCUCUUCCGGAAGGGCACGUUCACUGCAGAGCCCUGGCGGGACCCAGGUACGCAGAUAAGCUGUUUCUCGCCAAGCUCCUUCUCCUGGCGCCAGGCUGCCUUUGUGGAUUCGUACUGCUGGGCAGCCGUCCAGCAGAAGGACUCCCUGCAGAGCGAUUCUGGAAGCCUGCCCCUGUGGCUGCACAAGUUCUUCCCCUACAUCCUGCUGCUGUUUGCCAUCCUCCUGUACCUGCCCCCGCUGUUCUGGCGCUUCGCGGCUGCUCCUCAUCUUUGCUCAGACUUGAAGUUUAUCAUGGAAGAGCUUGACAAAGUUUACAACCGUGCAAUUAAGGCUGCCAGGAGCGCACGUGACCUUGACCUGCGCGACGGAGCCUGCCCGGGCGCCGGGGUCGCCGAGAACGUCGGGAAAAGCCUGUGGGAGAUCUCCGAAAGCCACUUCAAGUACCCGAUCGUGGAGCAGUACCUGAAGACCAAGAAGGCCUCGACCCACCUGGUCGCCACGUACGUCAGCUGCCGGCUGCUGACGCUCACCAUCGUGCUGCUGGCAGGCGGCUACCUGGGCUACUACUUCAGCCUGUCCUCCCUCUCAGACGAGUUCGUGUGCAGCAUCAAGUCGGGCAUCCUGCGGAACGACAGCUCCGUCCCCGACCAGUUCCAGUGCAAGCUCAUCGCCGUGGGCAUCUUCCAGCUGCUCAGCUUCAUCAACCUGGUGGUGUACGUCCUGCUGGCCCCCGUGGUGGUCUACACGCUGUUGGUCCCGUUCCGGCAGAAGACGGACGUCCUCAAGGUGUAUGAAAUCCUGCCCACCUUCGACGUGCUGCACUUCAAGUCCGAGGGGUACAACGACUUGAGCCUCUACAAUCUCUUCUUGGAGGAGAAUGUCAGCGAGCUCAAGUCCUACAAGUGUCUCAAGAUCCUGGAGAACAUUAAGAGCAGCGGCCAGGGCAUCGACCCCAUGCUGCUCCUGACCAACCUCGGCACGAUCAAGGUGGAUGCGGUUGAUGGCAAGGCGCCCUCGUCCGCGGAGACGCAGGGAGAGCGGCCGGGGAGCCAGACAGCUGAGCUCAAAGAUCUGAGCACACAGAGUGAAACGAAAGCAAACAACGGAGAGACAAAUGCGCGACAGAGACUUCUGGAUUCCUCUUGCUGAGGUUUUUUUCCUUGAACUUCAAAUCUGUGACAUGGGAUUCAUCUUGGUUGAAGCACCCCUGCUGGGUUCACAGCUGGUUUGCAGUAAAUCGCUCUUUGUAGAGAUAUCAAGUGGGUCUCGUUGAGUCCCUAGUGGAAAUGACGGUCAACAAAAUGUCAGGGAAGAAUAGUUUGUGAAGCCCAUUAGAAGCAACUCGAAGAUAAGUGAACCGCAGCUGAUAAAUCUGUGUAAGUCCAGAUUACGUGCAAAGUGGAAAGGCUAGUAGAAGUCAAGAGUAGAGCCCUUCAGAGUGCUGGAGAAGCGACCUUUCUUUGCCCAUGGUGUGACGACCCAGAGCUAUCGAAAGCAAGCAUUUUGGGAGAUUUGUUUUGUGAAAGAAUAAUAAAUACAUCGGGAUUCAGUUGAACACAGAUCUCUUGUGUGCCCUCAUAGCUGUUAGACAAGAAAAGCAUCCACUGGCAAAUGGCCCAUGGUUCAGCCUGUUCUUGGCAGUGUCCUGAUGGGUGUUAAUCGGGCCCUUUGGCGUGCACUCAGCGCUCUUUACACUGUUCCUUGUCCACCUCGGCUAACGGACACCCUCUGACCACCAUCUGUGCGCUCUGCCCUGAGGGGCGGCAGGCACAAGCACCACUCCGACGACAACUCGGUUGACAAGAUGGAGGCCUGAGGACGCUCACGGUGACUUCGGUUCAGGAGAGAUGCUUCAGGUGGGGAAGUCUGAAUUUGCAGAAGUUAAUUCACUGACUUGCCAGGGGGUCUCGACCUGCAGGCCGUCCCUCUAUCAUCAGAGGCAUCUGAAACAGGAUUUGACUUAAACCGACAGUGACGGAACACCGAAAUGUGGCCGGUAAGGGCCCGGCCGCCUGACGCGCGUCAGAGCCCGUGCUGACUUCAGAGCAGGUGGCGACACGGCGCCCUCCGGGCAGUGUGCCUGGAGCCAGAGCGGCUUGGCGUUUGUUUCGUGUCUAUAUAAGCGGAGCUUUUAAAAGGUCAUCUUCACUCACCAGAACCGAGGCCACGGAAGGGAGCACGCCGGCAGCGACGGAGAGUUGCCGAGUGACGGUCACAGGUGGAUUCACAAGACCAAGGCAGGCCUUUUUCAUAGACGUUGAAGCUGACUCAGAGUAUGUCGGACACUGCUUCUAAUUCUGACUGUGCAAAAGGAGGCUGUGUUCGCGCUUCACACGAAAAGAAAACCCUUAACAUCUGCAGACCUCCUCUUUUUAUUCUUGGAAAGCGAACAUGUUGCUGGAGUGAGUAAUCCUCAGGGACCUCCAAGUUUACUGUGGCUCUGAGGGACGAUUGUUUACCAUUUUCAGUGACCGUUUCUUGAGAACGCAAGUUGCAUAAGUUGCUGUCUGCCUUUCGGAAUAUUCAGAAAAGCAAAUUGUAUUUGUGCUUCCGUGACAGUUUCUGAAAUGGAAAGCUAAAGAUAAUGGUAGAUAUCAAGGUUGUAAUCAGUGCUUACAUUAUUCUUUAUUACUGGUAAAAUACAGUGUGACUUAGAAAUAGCUGUGGCUUACAUAAUUGAUUUUGCUAAAUGUUUGUGUCGCUGUAUCUGAGAUGCUCCUUCACAGCUCUCUACACUGGUUUCCUUUGAAAAUUUGAAAAGAUUUAUGAAAUGUA